GAUGAGCCGUAUGAGAAUGGUGAUAUCUGUGGUUGUUUUGCUGUUGUUUCUGGUGUCGCGUCUGUCUGGUGAACAGACUGUUCCAGAACUUGGGAAUGACAUCAUUCAACAUGGCGUCGAGGCCAAAACCCAGAGGCGUGAGGCAGCAAAUGCCUCUCAUCAGCAGCAGGCCUGCGUACCUGACAUCCACACCGUGCUGAGAGAAAUGAGCGCCCUAUUGGCUGAACAGAGGACUGAGCUGAGGCAUCUAAAAACAGAAAACCAAGCUCAGUCAGUCAAGCUGGGAGAACUGGAGGAGCAGAAGAAACAGGUGGAAGAACUCAAGAGACAGCUCACAGCUCAAGCUGCAGAACUCACCUCUGUGAAAGCAAAAUCAAAUAAUAUAGAAAAUCAAGUGGAGGAUCUAAAAAGAGACAGGCAAGUCAAAAAGGUGGCCUUCUCAGCCUCUCUUCUGGCCUCAGGCUCAGGGACUAUUGGGCCUGUCAACACACAUAUGAAUCUGGUCUUCAGAAACGUCAUCACAAACAUUGGAAAUGCCUACAACCCAAACACAGGUUUCUUCAUUGCACCAGUGAGAGGUGCCUACCAUUUUGAGUACCAUGUGGGUGCAAGUGCACAUGCUUCAUAUGCUUCAGGCGCGGUCUUAGUCAGGAAUGGUCAACAUGUAUUUAUUGCCUAUGGACACCAAAAUUUCGGCUAUGGGACCUCCUCUAAUAGUGCUUCACUGCUCCUACAGCAAGGAGAGGUCGUGUUUCUCCGUCUCUGGACAAACACCAGGAUACAUGACAAUGAUAAUAACCACAGCACCUUCAGCGGCCACCUGCUAUUCGCCAUGUGACGACUAGACAGCAGUGUGUCAACAGCAUUGUGUUUACUAACAUAAUGAUGAUGGGGUCUGUUUUGUGGGAUUUUAGGAUGUUUAUAAUAGGAAAAAACUGCUGGUAUUUCACCGAUGGGAAAGACAAGGAGUAAAUACUGUAAAUCAUUGCUUUUGUGAAGCUGUAUGAAAGAACUGAGUAUUAUUGGUUUAUCUAGCUUGUGGGAUAGUAGUCUUUUUGUACUGGAUUUCUGUCUUUGACAUAAAUAAAGAGUAUUGAUGA